GCCGGCCGCCACGCGCGACGAACGCGGGCCUCGACCAGCCAGCAGCAGCUGCCGCCGAGGGCGCACGCAGCGCAGCUGCCGGCGGUGCGCCCACCAGCGCCAUGGCGCGCGAACAGCUGUACAAGGUGACGGUGAUGCCGACCGACCCCGCCGAUGGCUCGGCGGCGGCCUUGACAGCGACAGCAACAGCGACGCCGACAUCGACGGGCUGCAAGGUGCCGUUGCGCAGCUCCACCGUCAGCGUCGUCACCAAGCCGGACCGGCCGCAGCACUUAUCGCAGGUGCUGGCGGCGCUGGCUGUGUCGCUGGGGCCGUUCGCGGCGGGCCUGGGCAAGGGCUACAGCUCUCCGGCGAUCGCGUCGCUGGAGCAGCAGGGCGCGCUGUUCCCCGUGUCGGCGCAGCAGACGUCGUGGGUGGCGUCGCUGUCGCUGCUGGGCGCGCUGUGCGGCGGCCUGCUCGGCGGGCUGGCGAUGCGCUUCGGCCGGCGCCGCCUCCUCCUCGCCACGGCGCUGCCGCUCUCCGCCUGCUGGGUCGCCACCGUCUUCGCCACUUCCGUCGAGAUGAUGUUUGCCACCGCCUUCUUCGGCGGCUUCUGCUACGCCAUCGUGCUCGUCGUCACCCAGGUGUACAUCAGCGAGAUCUCGGUGCCGGACAUCCGCGGGUGCCUGAGCGCGCUGCAGAAGACGGUGGGCCACGCGGGCACGCUGACGAGCUUCGCGGUGGGCGCGUACCUGGACUGGCGGCAGCUGGCGGCCGUGGUGGCGGCGGCGCCGCUGCUGCUGUUCGCGGCGGCGCUCUGCGUGCCCGAGACGCCCAGCUUCCUGGUGGUGGCGGGCCGCGACGCCGAGGCGCUGGCGGCGCUGCGCUGGCUGCGCGGCCCGGGCGCCGACGUGCGCCGCGAGCUGGCCACGCUGCGCGGCAACGUGCUGGCGCGCCGCGGCGACCCGGCCGACGGCGGCCGCGCGGGAGGCCGCCUCGGCGCGCUCAAGCGCUGCCCGCCGCCGCCGGGGCUGCUGCGCCCCACGCUCACCACGUGCGGCCUCAUGCUCUUCCAGAGGUUCUCGGGCGCGCACGCGUUCAGCUUCUACGCGGUGCCGAUCCUGCGGCAGACGCUGGGCGGCAUGGACCCGCACGGGGGCGCGGUGGCCGUGGCGCUGGUGCAGCUGCUGGCGUCGCUGCUCAGCGGCCUGCUCAUCGACACGGCGGGCCGCCUGCCGCUGCUGCUCGCCUCCUCCACGCUCAUGUCCAUGGCGCUCGCCGGCUUCGGCUCCUUCGCCUACUACGAGGACCUCCACCCACAGGCGGCUCCGCAUCUCGACUGGAUUCCGCUGUUGUGCGUGCUGGUGUUCACGGUGGCUUUCUCGCUGGGCAUCAGUCCUAUUUCGUGGCUGCUGAUCGGUGAGCUCUUCCCACUGGAACACCGAGAGCUGGGCUCAGCCAUCGCCACAGCCUUCAGUUACGUGUGCGCCUUCGUUGGCGUGAAGACAUUUGUCGAUUUUCAGCAGGCACUGGGCCUUCACGGCGCCUUUUGGCUGUAUGCAGCCGUCUCGCUGGCAGGCCUCUGCUUCGUCGUCUGCUGUGUCCCAGAGACUAAAGGCCGCGACCUCGACGAGAUGCACCCCAAGGGCGCCAGUGCGUAGCGACAUGCCGACAUCACCGAAUUCCCCCCUUCGACCCCCUCGUUCGGCGCCGAACGGCACAACAUGGCCCAUCUUAUCAGCAGUAUCUGCCGGAGAUCGAAAAACGCCGCCCCCUUUGCGAGGAAUAUACGAGAUCUGGUCCAGCUUUUCUACUGUGUUCAUUAUUUUACAAUGAAGUGCGUACAACGACUGGGGAGAUGUUUACAAUAGCUACCUUCUUUAGAACUUUUGGCACUAAACCUCAGGUAUUAUUUGUCAUCAGUUCUCCUUCCCUCAUUGAUACAUGGCUUGCAUAAUUCAGAAUUGCUCGAGUUUCCCACUUUAUUUCAGAUCUACAGCCACUGGUCAGCCAGUUAGCUAGCAAACUGGUGACUGAGGGAUGAGUCAUAGACUGCACAAUGUUUAUUCCAGUUUCUUUUAAAAUGGGAUACUGCUACAAAACUGCAGUUCCACUGUAAAUAAAUGCCCUACUUGUGAAGAUGGUUGCUGACUGUUAGCCAUCACCUGAACAGGUUUAAAUGUGUGUACAUCAAAAUUCAACAGCUUGCUUAAGGUCUGGGGGUAUACAAAUUUGACAUCUUUCAUGUUUACAAAGCAAUGUUACAGAGUACGAAGCACAUAACUGGUGUAUUAACAACAUACAGCAGUUAAGUUUCUAUAAAUCCUCCGUGCUACUUAAAUUAUAUCCAAGUGCAACAGAAGCAACCACAUUAGCAGAUGGUAAGUAAAAAUUUCCAAGAGAUUUCUACCUUCAUAUCUCCUCUUUCUCUACCACUUUCAUUUAACUGUUGUCACACUCUCUUUUAUUUCACCAGUAAGUAGAUUCAACUCCAAUUGUUGCAGUGCAUUAUCAGUUUCUGAAUCAACAGUGUUGACUGUCAUAUUACAAAAACAGUCAUCAAAAAAAGUGGACAAAGUUCAUUUUGUUCGUCAUAUCAUGACUUGGUAUUAGAAUCGAACAUCAACUACUGUACAAAACCGUAUUAAUUGGAUUUUGCUCAAGUAAUAUCUGUAUGACUGUGUGCCUCCAGCAUGGUUCAUUUGCACUAGAGAAUGCACAUCAAACCUUUUCAGUUCCAAUAUUCACAAUGUCAUUCAUAGGUCGAGCUUAUCUGAAUUACAGUAUUAAAUGUAAUUGCCUGUUGGCGAAACCAUAACGCCACUGACAAUCGAAGACAGCAGGGAUCACAAAUAAGAUAUUUCGGAGAAGCAACCUGAAGUCUCACACUUUGCUUAACAAUCAUUACUUUGAAUGAUGUGAGUGCAUUCAAUAUUUUUCAAUAGCUGGUGUUUCACUAAAAGGGAAAUAGAUUCUGUGCAUUGUUUGUUUUACAAAAAAGAGAUAGCUGUAGUAGACUGUUAUGAAUGGCACUCAUUACUGUGACAUCAAACAUAUUAUGGUGCCUUUAAUACAAUUCUGAGGACAUUACUGUAAGGGUCAGUUGCGACUCUUAAUUCAGUCCUCUUCACAAACUUGAUCUACUACAUUGAGUGAAGUAAUGACGGGAAAUUUAAUGGAGCAAACCCAUUUUUAAACUUACAAAUCUCAGAAUUUCGAUAACAGGAUUUUGCUUAAUAUCUUCCAACUUUUUAUGAUUAAUUUUUGAAUGAUAAAAAAUAGAGGUUCCUAACGUUUGAUACAGAGAAUAUUUAGCUGCAUGCAAAGACAGUUUUGAAGUAAAUGAAUUUUAAAAAGAUGAAUUUUAGAGGGAUGAUGUCAGAUGGUACUAGAUGUCAUUCUUUCAGCAUUUGAUUUACAACCAAUAGUUGAUAUAAAACUAUUAUUGAGAAAGGACACUGAAUAUAUACACAUGACAAUAACACUUUGCAACUCAAGACAAUACAUACUGGAAAACACUUUAUGACAAUAGCACACAACGGACAAAAUGUGAUGGAGGAAAAGCAUCAUUUAACUUUUUCCCAAAUGUAAUAUGAGGUAAGUUCCAAAAUUUUGUAUCAUAUCACAUAUUUUGCACAAAAGAAUAAACCAGAAAUUUUGACGGUAUGAAAGUAUAAAGACCAUUUUAAUAAUUUUAACUAAAGCAUUCAUAACAUGUCAUGAUUCCUGGCAGUAGGCUUCCUGUAAUUGCAGAAUGUGUAAGUGUAUGUUAAUGUCAAUUAGAAAUGACAAUACCAAGCUAUGUAAAGCAGUGCUAAUGACAAUAAUGACAUAAUCUUAUUUGUUUUCCCUUCAUUAUACUGAGACUGUAGAACAAUAAAACUGGUCAUCAUCGAACCACAUUUUGAUAGGCACUGCAUUUUACACAAAGCAUCUCUCAAGAGAGCUGGUUCAGUUCUCAUAGUAUGUAUUAACAGUAUUAGAUUUGCCAUACUCGUUUUAAGUUAUUUUAAUGGUGGUUAAUGUAUGAUUACCUAAAUAUAUUGGAAUGCAAAGAGAUAUGUAGGCCAUGCAGAAAUAACAGGUCACUUAUUAAAGCAUGUAGCAUUAAAGGGCCUUAGUGCAUCACAUUAUCAUUUAGCAAGUAUUUUUCAUUUAUAUACAGUUCACAGAUUCCAAAAUUCUAGUGACAUUUGCUCAAGAACUUAAAAUUAAAACAUAAAUCUUCUCAUCUUGUGACAAAAAUAAAAGAGUGCAAAGCAUUCAUUUCAUUAACAUAAACAAAACAUAUCAGAUUCUAGCACACUAAUUUCUUGCUCGUUUUCAAGCUUUUCUUGACAAUACUGCCUACUUUCCAACAUUUCUAAAAUUAGCAAUUUAUUGUAACCAACUAAUGAAGAAAAUCGUUCUUCCAACAGAAAUUUAUAUUGGCAAAUGACUGCAAUUUUUCUAUGACAAUAACAAAGUAUCUUCAUAGCUUUUAGACACAGACAAUAGAAAAAUAGUUUUCUAGACUCUACAAAGUAAGAAUGGGGAAUACCGAAGUGAAAAUUUAUAUGAAGUGUGAAUGAUUGGUUUAUGCUAGUGGGUACAUCAAUAAAAUGCUUGAAAAUUCUUUUACAAAGGUAUUUCUACAUUCCUAACAAAAAUCUUCACAUUUUAAACCAGCCUUAGUCUUUCAUAAGUACCAGUUUCACAGACCAAUGUUUCAGGAAUGUUGCUGUACAACAGUACUUCAGUGCGGUUUCAUUUUAGAACAAUCAGUCCCAUUAAAGGAAAAUGUAAUAUACUGAUGACAAUCUCAAGUGGCCUCAAAAAAAGUUCACACCCCAUUAAUGGUGCAAAGGGUUUAUCUUAUUAUUGAAGCAAGUCAAAACAUCUGCUGAGAUAAUCAGAUAUCAUCAACAUAUACUUUGUGUUGUGAGCUUAUUACAAAAUUUGAGGCACUACUUUGUUCAAGGAAUACAACAUCACUUCUCGGACACGUUUACUCAAUGAAUCUAAAAAAGCUGUUCGCGAUCAUCAUUAACAAUAAGCAAGAAGAAAUAAGUUUUUAAUUGCAAAAACGAAAAUACUGCUAUAUUUCUCAAUGAAGACACCAACCAGAUCAAUAAAACAUACUAUAUCUUUAAGUAAAACUUUAAUGCACAGGAAUGAUUUGUACAAUGACAUUACACUACAAGUUAGAAAUGUCCUGCUGAAGUAACAAGGGUGCAUAAGUGAUGUGCAAUAUCAUAUCCAUAAUAUUUAAUUGUUAUUUAUGUACAAGUUUUAUUCUUUGAGUAAACAAUGUCCUGUUAUAAAAAAAAUGGUAACUGCAUCUAAAACUUGGGCCCUAAAGAAUGUAUUACGCUGUGCUAGUGAUUCGGCUGAGAAGCGAUUCUUACACUGUAAUAAAUUUCUAAUGAAUGAUUAAGACAAUAAAAUCUAUGUUGUAGAAUCGUUAGCAUCAGCAUUGUCAAUAUAAGUAACCUGUCAAAUGUAAAUAACAUACUUUGGUUAUAGCAUAUCUAUUUUCUCUGUAUUCAGUAACUGAAAUUUGUAAAAUCCUUGCUAAUGAUGCAAUAUUUUAUAUAGUGUAUUUGUGGCUUCAUUUAAUUUUUAUAUGGACAUAUAUUACU